AUGAUUAGCAAAUCAUUCAGGAUAAAUGAUAUCAAAGGGAAAAAGAGUGUUAGUUCUCCUAUUCAAGAUCUGAGUUUUAAUUUUUCACCCAAGAGGACACCAAUCCCUAUAUCAGAUAAAGUCAAGCUUGUUAGAAGAGUGGAGUAUUACAGACAAUGUAAUAAAGAAGCUUUACCAAAAGACAAAGCAAUUAGCAUAAGUCAUGCUUGAGAUGGAGCAUUGGCAUCAAAAAAUUUGGUUUUGCCAGCUAAGCAAAAGUUUGAUCAAAGAAAGAUGACUUUCUUUAGCAAUGGUAGAGCCAGAGGAACUAUCAAAGCCAGAUGCUUUUCGCCCAACCCAAAGAAUUUGCACUUAAAUAUGAUAAAAUUUGUUAGAAGGAAGAUAGAUUGCCUAAGCUCUGAACGGAGCAGACUAGUAUCACCAGAUAAAUUGAGAGUUAAAGUCCAACUCAUGACUAGAAUAAACCGAAAUUUCAAAGAAUACGACUUUGGAAAAAUUAAAUUUAGACUUCCUAAGCUUGAUGGUGAACAAUGGAACAAGAGAAAAGGAUCUCAGAUGCCAUUUCUUAAUAAUUUGUCUCUGUAAUAACUUUU